CACCAGUAAAAAUUAGAUUGUUUGUGCUUGUACCACAGUGUGUUCGCAGACGUGCUCCACAAACUUUUCGCUUGCCGGCGCAGUCCAAAAUAGUAAGAGUUGUGAUCAUUUUACACAAAAAAUAAAUAUAAAUAAUAAUAUAUAUAGAUUGAUAUACAUAUAUAUUGCACAGUUGAAAUUAGUGCCCUCCCCAACUGUUUGAAAUAUAUUUGAAAUCUACAGAAAAUAAAAAGUGCUAAGAACAUAUUUAUAAUAUAUUUGAAAACUGUAAUACACAAAAAUUUUGGUGUUGAAAAGUUAUUAAUAAUAAACGAAACGUAAUAAAUAUAACGCUACGACUUACUUUUUAAGUGUCAUUUUCAACCACGAUUUCAGUUUUUGUUUGUGUAUUCGAAAAUAAGUAACUUGUAUAUAUAUAUUUGUACAUAAUGGAAUCAACAUCCGAAGUUGUGCCUAACAGUGUUGCUGACAAAUCUGUAUGUGUUGAAGACCUUCCAGAAAAUACCAAGACAGUGGAGGAAGCUGAAGUUACAAUUACCAUUAAGGAACAUGUUGUUGGCGAAAACGACAAAACCAAAAUUGUUGAGGAGACUGUGACGGAAAAGUUGAAAGAAGAAGACGAUGAAGAGGAAAUCGAGGAAAUUGUCGAAGAAGAAGUUGAAAAUAAUGACGAAGAAGUUGAGGAAGGUGUUACUCAAAAGAUAACUGAGAAGGUAAUCGAUAAUCCGGAUGGCGGUCAAACAAAAACUAUUACCGUGACAACUGUAAAGAAAGUAACUCCUGAUGGCACUAAAACUGUUGUAACCACUACAAGCUCAACUAAGGAAACACCAACAAUUAUAACAACGACACCACCGACACCCACAACAGAAGAAGUAAAAACUGAAACAACCACUGAAGCACCGAUCGAAAAAACCGUUAAGAAACAAGUUUCAGAAGAAAAGAAAGUAGAACAUAACGAACACGAAGAAGAGGAGGAAGAGGAGAUAGAAGAGGAAGAGGAAGAAGAGGAUGAGGAAGAAGAAGAAGAAGCUGAAAUAGUAAAUGAAGAAGAGAGUAGAAAGCCGGUUGAGGAAACGAAAAAAUCUGACGAAAGUUCCCAGCAACAAGAACAGCACGAUCAGAUAUCAUCAGAAGCUGAAUCACAACCAUCAAUUGCCACACCACUUGUUAAGGAACAAACAGUCACAGAUGCUCCUUCAGCCGAAACUAAAACUAAUCAACAAGAAAAUGUUAAACAGGACAAUUUAAAUAAUACAAUUAAGGACAUUAUAUCAAGUAUUGAUAGUAAUAUCCAAGCCGAAGAAAAUUUUGCCCAUCUUAAAGAAAUGGAAUUGGAAUUACUUAAAAAGCAACAGGAAUUAGCAAAAGAAAUUGAACAGCAGAAAUUGUUGGCCCAAAAAUUAGCUAAUGAAAAUCAAAUAAAACAACAACUUAAUAAAAACCUUGCACAACAGGAAACCUACCAACCCACUACAAAUGUGUCAAAAUAUGAGACAUUUGAGGAAAAACAAGAUGAAAAUGUUUACACACGAAAAUCAGAAAAAAUUGAAACCAGGGAAUCUACCAAUGUAACGAAGAAAAUUGAUUUACAUAAAAUCUUUACGCCAGCCACAGAUGCUGAGGAAAUUUUGCCUAAAAAUCGAAAACUGUAUGCUUCCUCUGCGUUUUAUUCCCCAACAUUACACCCAACAGUGGAAGAUCAAGUUGAACUUGCGCGAAGAAUUUCGCAUUCCUUGAGUGACAUUAGCAACCAUCAAUCGAGGGGACAAUCUAUGUAUGUGAAUCGUAAGAAACGUUCGGUAAAAUGGGUACAUGAGGGCUGUGGCCAAGAAGAUGAAACUGAAAAUGUAAUAAUUACGAAUCAAGAAGAAAAGGAGAACAAUGUAAGUCAUCAUGAAAAGGUGCCAUUGAAGUUUUUAAUGAAUCCCUAUGGUCAAAUGCGUGAUAUAAAUUCAUUGCGUGAAUCUAUAAAUACUGAGACUGGUCUUCUUUCGCCAGAUGUAAGUGCUGAAGUAGUGACUGCAUUGCAAGCACAAACUGGAAAAGGCGCUAAGCUUUUUGCCAAGCGUCGUAAAGUAUCUGAGAAGUGGGUAGUCGACGAAAGUAAUGUCGGUGCUCAAAGUCCUUCUGGUCUUCCAGAUUACCACCAAUAUCAACAGCAACCAAGACCAUCGACAUCACCUAGCAUUUUGCCAGCUUAUACUGACGCAGCAAAGCAUCGCGUACAAUUGAACUUGCACCAAGAACAAUUACUGGAAAAAUAUGCAAAGCCUGGUCUGAAGGUCGUCCAGACACCCUGGGAAGCAGCUCUAAAUUCUGGUUCAGCUAGUGCAGCCUUUGUUGAAGAGCAAAAGCUGUCGUCCUACCCUAACACAACACUGACGCCCUCACCAACACCCCAGUUCUAUGAUGCAAAUCAAGGAGGCGCUCCACUCCAAAGUGCACCUACCGUCUCCGAUAGCUAUAGCAAACCAUACUCUAACGAAGACUAUCAAAACUAUCAAACAUAUGCAGCUCCAAGACAACAGGGUCAAAACGAACGACAACAAUAUUCUGGAACUAAUUCGCAAAGAGAAUUAGCUUAUAAACCCAGCAUACCCCAAGGAUGGAAAGCUCCCAGCAUGUCUUUGCCUAAAGUCGAAUAUGGACAUCAAAGCAACAUUGAAAUAAAUCUGAUGUUAAAUGAGAUAAGACAAGUAAACGAAGAUACCAAAUCGUGUGAAGAAUUCAGCACAACGGAUGAAACUGAGUUAGUCAAUUUAAUUUGCGAUAAUCAUCUACAUAAUGCCACACAUGUCUCUAAACAUACUCUCUCCACGGAAGAGCAUCAGUUCGUAAAUCAUUUAAUCAAAUCUCCGGAACUUAGGGUGUCUCCCAUACCUAUUAGUACUCAAGUUAUAUACGAUAACGCCGUCCUGGAACUUCAAAUGAAGCAACAGCAACAAUUAUCCCAUAAACAUAUUGAAAUCUGUGAUAAGCAAGACGAAAAUGAUGAUGAAAAGGAAGAAAAAGUUAAUGUUCGCAAACAACUGCAGCAGUACGAAGAUUUACAUCGGCAGUUUGCAAAACAAAUAGAACAAGAGGAACUGCUACAAAAGAAACAUGAAGCAGCUAAAUUGAAAGCAUUGCAGAAUAAUAUUAAAAAGUUGACUAUCAGUAACAGCAAUCAAAGUAUUAUUGGUGCCAAUGUAACGAAUGGCUCGCCCCAAACAGAUUCACAACAAAUAACUCAACAACAGCAGCAAGAAGAGGAAGACUAUAUUAAGAUUCCUGUAAAAGAACUAAUAACUAAUUUUGAACAGCAGUGCUUGCAAGAUGAAAAACUUAAUACGCAGCCAGCUCCCUCUUUAAAGGACAAUUUAAACUUGGAGCUGGAAAAAUAUGUUGAUAAAACCGAAAUAACUAAGAAUAACAAUGAAGAUUUGUACAUGCCCAAGGAAAUACCAUUGCAAAGUUAUGCACCACCACCAGCAGCAUCUAUGCCCGCAUCAGUGUCACCACCUUUCUCCACGAAUAUGUACGAAUCGAAUCAAUUCAAUACCUACAAACCACAAAACGCUUCACCUUUAUCGCCAUAUUCAGUACCAGAACCUGCCCCGGCUAUGAACAGUUCUAAACCUUACGGAGGAACCAGUAGUUUCCCAAUAAGCAAGCCAUAUCAGCAAGGAUUCUCGUCAUCAUAUGGUGGCAACAAUCAACCACCAAAGCAGCAGUACUUACCACCACAAAGCUAUCAAACUAUACCUCAAAGCACCAGCCAAAAUGCCCCCCAGGUUAGCUUUAACCCGUCACCAUUGCCAUAUGACAAGUUGGCCAAAUUCGAAAAUCCCCCAGCCGAUGAGGGUCGUUAUAUCAGCAGUCCUCCUUCACGUGGUUCUCAUUUAAAUGUUCGCGGCAGUAAAGUUCGCAAUGUCUCACCAGCACCUUUCGCCGGUUCAUACAAUAGACCAUACACACCAUCCUCCGACAACCACUACUAUAGCGGUACUCCCAGUCCAUCUCCACGUCCUUUAUCUUCCUUGCAACACAGCAGUGGGCAUAACACACCAAAUCUAACACAUCCAACAGUUACCAGCAAUCAAAUAUUGAAUGCACCCUCCUAUAACAACUCAGCCCGUGGAUGGGGAUGCAAUUCUGGUACAUCCACUGGUUACCAACAUCCACAGAGUCAUAUAUCUGCUAACAAGCCCCAGAUUAUAAACACUGCUAGUAUGCCAUACACCGAUUUUUAAUGAUAAAAUUAAACUCGAGGCAAAAAUGUGUAACAGUGAAAUUUCUCUCUCUCUCCCUUUCUAAAAACACUUGCACACACUCUCUCUCUCUUGCUCAACUACAUAUGUUUAAUAAAAAAAAAUAAUUAUAAAAAUUGUGUUUUGUAAAUAUGAUUGAAUAUAUUUUAUAAAAUACAUUCUUAUUAACAAUAUGUACUUAAUUUCAGGGAGAGUAAUUGUUUAUUGUUUAUAUUAUAAUAAUUGUUAUUGUUUCAGAUAUUACGAAUACUUAUUUAUUAUUUAUUUAAUUUUUAAAUUAUUAAUUAAUAUUUGUUUAGUUUACUUUGUUUAAAAACUUUAAGUGUCGUGGAUAAAGAUUUUAAUUAUCAUCAUAUUAAUUAAAAUGGAAACCUUAUGCCGAAAUAUUUUAAAUAAAAUUACUGCUCGAACUUAUAACAUCUCAUUGGCAAUAAAAAUAAUAUAUUGUGUCUUUAAAUCGGUAAUUCCAAUACUCUCUAUGCUUGUAAUAAAUAUCAAAUAAAUUUAGAAAAUAUAUAGGACAAGUUGGAA